AUGGAACCUCGGGCUCUGCUACUUAUGUUCAUCUAUGAGUCUGUGAUGCCUCUGCCUGUGCAAGGAGACUUCAGGAGUAAAUCUUCUGGAAACAGAGAAAUUAGUCAGUGCUGGGUACAGCCUCCGGAAGACUACUGUGCUAAAAGGUGCACUAGAUUGGAGAAGUGUUCAUAUCCAAAUCAUACAUGCUGUUGGACUUAUUGUGGAAACAUCUGCUUGGACAAUGAUGAGCCCUUUAAAUCCAUGAUGACCACCAGUUCUAGUUAG